UUCAAUCGUGAAGCGGAUUGACUAUUGCAGCCUUGCUAUGUGGCGAAUGAGUAUGCGGGUAGGGAUGUAACAGCAGCUGUACUGAAUUAAAAUACAUCUAAACACACAUCCGGGAGGCUCCUGAGAUAAGAAACCUUAGCGGGCACAACCAAAGAGGAGUUUACGACAGUACAGAGCGGAGGUAGACACGGGGAGCGUGGCAGGAGGGACGCUCUAACAAAUCCAACCGACACCGCUCGCAGAAAUGGCGGAGCACCAUGCAGCCAGCGACGGCAAGCACAAAGCGUCCACCAAUUCCGGGGGGUCGGUGCACGGGAACAGCCGACCCGGCGCCGCGGGUGGAGGAGGGGGGAAAGGAGGCCUUUCUGGCGGACUGACACAACCAGCUGGGUGGCAGUCUUUACUCUCGUUUAGUAUUCUUUUUCUGGCCUGCCUGGCAGGAUUCAGCUCCAGACUUUUCGCUGUGAUCCGGUUCGAGAGCAUCAUCCACGAGUUUGAUCCAUGGUUCAACUACAGAUCAACACACCAUCUAACCACCAACGGCUUCUAUGAGUUCCUUAACUGGUUUGAUGAAAGGGCCUGGUACCCCUUGGGGAGGAUUGUCGGUGGGACAGUAUACCCAGGGCUAAUGGUGACUGCUGGCCUUAUCCACUAUGUGCUCAACCUGCUCCACAUCACAGUUCACAUCCGUGACGUGUGCGUCUUUCUGGCGCCGGUGUUCAGCGGCCUGACUGCCAUCUCCACCUUCCUGCUGACACGUGAGCUGUGGAACCAGGGCGCAGGGCUGCUGGCAGCCUGCUUCAUCGCCAUCGUCCCGGGCUACAUCUCCCGCUCUGUGGCAGGCUCUUUUGACAACGAAGGCAUUGCUAUCUUCGCCCUCCAAUUCACCUACUAUCUCUGGGUGAAAUCUGUGAAGACGGGCUCUGUAUUCUGGACGAUUGGUUGUUGUAUCUCCUAUUUUUACAUGGUGUCCGCAUGGGGAGGUUAUGUGUUUAUUAUCAACCUGAUUCCUCUACAUGUGUUUGUGCUGCUGCUAAUGCAACGCUACAGCAGAAGAGUCUAUAUUGCAUACAGCACUUUCUACAUUGUUGGGCUCAUACUGUCGAUGCAGGUCCCUUUUGUCGGUUUCCAGCCAAUCAGGACCAGCGAGCACAUGGCUGCUGCAGGUGUGUUUGCACUUCUCCAAGCCUACGCCUUCCUGCAGUACCUGAAGGACAGGCUGACCCGACAGGAGUUCCAGACGCUCUUCUUCCUUGGAGUCUCUCUUGCUGCCGGUGUAGUCUUCCUCACAGUUAUCUAUCUCACAUACACAGGAUACAUUGCUCCAUGGAGUGGUCGCUUCUACUCACUCUGGGACACAGGCUAUGCCAAGAUCCACAUCCCCAUCAUAGCAUCUGUUUCGGAGCACCAGCCGACCACGUGGGUUUCCUUUUUCUUUGACCUCCACAUCCUGGUCUGCACCUUCCCUGCUGGUCUCUGGUUCUGCAUCAAGAACAUCAACGACGAGCGCGUGUUUGUGGCCCUGUACGCCAUCAGUGCGGUCUAUUUUGCCGGCGUGAUGGUGCGGCUGAUGCUGACGCUGACUCCGGUGGUGUGCAUGCUGUCGGCCGUGGCUUUCUCCAGCGUCUUUGAGCAUUACAUGGGAGACGACACAAAGAGGGAGAAACCUCCAGCUGAAGACAGCAGCGACGAGGACGACAAAAGGAAUUCUGGGAAUCUCUAUGACAAGGCUGGCAAGGUGCGCAAGCAUGUGUCAGAGCAGGACAAGGCGGAGGAGGGUUUGGGUCCAAACAUCAAGUCCAUAGUCACCAUGCUCAUGCUAAUGCUGCUGAUGAUGUUUGCCGUCCACUGCACCUGGGUCACCAGCAACGCCUACUCCAGUCCCAGCGUGGUGCUGGCGUCGUACAACCAUGACGGGACGCGUAACAUCCUCGAUGACUUCAGGGAGGCCUACUACUGGCUGAGACAGAAUACAGAUGAGCAUGCACGGGUGAUGUCAUGGUGGGACUACGGUUACCAGAUAGCCGGCAUGGCCAACAGGACCACGCUAGUGGAUAAUAACACAUGGAACAACAGUCACAUAGCACUGGUUGGGAAAGCCAUGUCAUCCAAUGAGAGCGCAGCCUACCAAAUCAUGAGGUCGCUGGAUGUGGAUUACGUGCUGAUCAUCUUCGGAGGCGUAAUCGGCUACUCGGGCGACGAUAUAAACAAAUUCCUGUGGAUGGUGAGGAUAGCCGAAGGGGAACACCCCAAAGACAUCAGGGAGAGCGACUACUUCACACCUCAGGGAGAAUUCAGAGUGGACAAGGCCGGUUCACCGACUCUGCUUAACUGCCUCAUGUACAAGAUGUCCUAUUAUCGAUUUGGUGAAAUGCAGCUGGACUUCAGAACGCCGCCUGGCUUCGACCGGACACGAAACGCAGAAAUCGGCAACAAAGACAUCAAGUUCAAGCACCUGGAUGAGGCGUUCACCUCGGAGCACUGGCUGGUCAGGAUCUACAAGGUGAAGGGCCUGGACAACAGAGAGCCGCUGGACCACAAGCUCCGCAGCAUAGUUCCCAAACAGAAGUACACCUCCAAAAAGACUGCCAAGAGGAAGCGAGGACACAUCAAGAACAAGCUUGCACUUAAGAAGGGCAAGAAACUCCAAAAAAAGUAACGAUGAUUAACUCGACCCACCGCUAAGAAACCUCUAGCAACCAAUGAAGAAUAAGAGAGGGGGGCGGUUGCCUUGCACUUGGUCUCGAGCGCUUCUUGUCAGAGCGCCACCGUGUGUCGAGGAAGUGUCAUAUCUGGCUCGCGCCAGAAAUUGUCUGUUUUAUCCUGACGACGUCCGUCUUGCUUUUUUUUUUUUUUUUUUUUUUACUUUUUGUACUUGAAUGUGAGGCAAGGCUUAGGGCUGCUCUACUUGGCUCAGCGUUGAUAAAAAGUUUUUGUGAUAUGUUGAUUAACUGCUUCUUAGUCCAGGGAUCAGGCAAAAGGGACACGAGGGAUGACGGGACCAUUUUUGCACCAAAGACCCAUCGACCUCCGUGGCACAUGCAAACUCAUCGCUGAGAGCGAGGGAACGCAGGAGCGAAAGCUGAAGACUGUUUCUGACACGUGUACAGAGAAAAGUAUGCUGUAUGAAGGAACAUCACCGUUUACACACACCCCAUCUGUAAUAUUAACCUUUUUUUAUCAUCAUUGUCAUCAUCAUCUCCUUCUUGUCUGCCUGGCUCCCUGAUCCUCCUCCUCCAAUAGAUUUUACAAGAAAUUGGCCUAAAAUGUAAAUAGAAUCUGUAAAGAAAAUCUCUAAAAGGAUGGUAAUAUAUUGGAUCGUUGUGGUGACUUUUAAAUAUGCAGUUUUUGAUUUUUCUCAAUUUUUUUGUGUGAUUGUGUUUUCUUUUUCUUCUUUUUGUAUGACAGCAAAUGGAGCAGCGAAUGCAAUAAUUCUACACAGAGGGGCUUGAGAUUUUGUUGAAAGAGUGAAUUUGAAUGUGAAUUUUUACACCCCACUUUUUUCACAGAUUGCAUAGAUUGUACAUUUUCUGCUGCUAGGGUUUUAAGACAGAAGCAGGCAACUGUGUUUUUUGAGGGGGGGGGGUAAAGGAAAUAGUGAUAUUAAAUUAGGCCUCCCGUCCUUCGGGGGAGCUCUUUAGAUUAGGUGUGUAAAGCUUAGUGCCUCAUCUCUGGUCAUGAUCACCUGAUUUUAACUUUUUUUUUUUUUUUUUUUUGGCUCAUCUUGCAUCUGUCACAGGUUAUUUCUUUUGACCAGACUGAGGCAUCAGAUACUGGAAAUGUUGAUAUCUGGAGCUGAACUGUGAGCAGGUAAUCUUGAUGUUCAGGUACAGAGAAGCCAACUGAUGCCUAACGUAACCUCGCACAGAUCAGGAAGAAUAAAGUAUAUGUUUGAAGUUCUUGGGAGCUGUGUCCCAAUUAUAUACUGCAUACUUUCGCUCUUUGGAACAUCUUAAAUUGACUUACUAUGUAAAUAUAGUUUUUUUUUUUUUUGUUUUUUUUAUGUAUUUGUAUUAUUUUAAACAGAGAAAAGAGGAUGAUUCUGUUUGAAAACCUACAGCAAGCAAAUAUUUGGUGUUUUUGUUUAGAAGAAUUAUCCCCAAAAUAAAAAAUAGCAAAAUU